AUGAAUAAUUUCUUAAAAACAAACUUAAGUGCACAUAGUAAGUUUAAUGGUGAUCCUGUGGAAAUGAUGACAUCAAGUUCUGAAAAUGUAGCCCUUCAAAAUUUAGAUGUGGAAGUCCAUUUAGCUACACUAGCUCUAAAGUUAGAAGAAACUAAACCUUUUCCUAAUAAUAAUAGUCCCACUACGAGCUGCACUUCACCUUCCUUAAAUGAAAAAUUUUUGGAUGCACAUUUUACUGACAAUGAUGCACCUGAGGUGGAUCCUGAUUUUGCACCACCUGUUUCUGCUUUGAAUUCUGAUUCAUCUAAUGAAAGUGAAGGUUCUGGUGAAAGUUCGGAUGGAAGCUUGCAAUAUUAUAGAGAAGAAGAAAAUGAUGACGACGAGCCAGUAGAAAAGUCUAGUAUUUUAUCAGGCAAACCAUAUACUGAUGUGAAAGGAAAUUUGAAGCCUGGCAGAGAACUGAUAAGUAUUAAAGAAUGCACAAAAUGUCGAUUUAAAUGCUCCACGCUAAUCAGCCCCGAGAACAGAAAAGAAAUUCACAAGGAUUUUUGGAAUCUAAAUGAUGAUCAGAAGCUUCACUUUUUCAAUAAAAAUGUGCAGCGUCUACCAAAAGCUCUCAAACGAACCCAAUAG